AUGCAUCACAGAAUUCUUAUGUUGAUACACUAUACAUGUUUUUUUCUGCUCUCUUGUACCGAUUGCAAAGAUAAUAACAACAUUUCAUCCAACGUCAAGUUCGGAUAUAAAUCCGUUUAUAUUCGUGAUGCACAAGGUUUAGGAGUAUUUGCCCGUCGUUUCAUAGAAAGUCGCAGUUAUUUUGGUCCUUAUGGUGGCGAUAAGCGCAAUACUCAUCUCAUUGAAGAAGCAAGCGAUUAUAGUUGGCAAGUGCCAGAUAAGUCAGGUAAUAUAAUGUAUUACAUCGAUGGAGGUGAACCUAACAAGUCAAAUUGGCUUCGAUUUGUUAAUUGUCCUAAUACUGUGAGUCAAGAAAAUCUCAUAUCAUUCGUGUAUCAUGGUGAUAUUUUCUACUUGGCAAUUCGAAAUAUUACUGUUGGAGAGGAACUUCUAGUUUACUAUGGACACAAUUAUGCCAAGAAGCUUGGUGUUGAUACGACGCAGUUCCGUUAA